AUGAGCGCCCAAGAGCCAGUCUCCUCCACCACUCCAUCCUCCGCGACAAACAUCACCACGUCUACCGCCGCCGCCAGCCAAGAUGCCUCGGGACGACAGCCCUCCUCCUCCUCCUCCCGUUCCGCCGAACUCGCCGGUGCAAAGAUAAGCCUGCGCCAGACGCUGCGCAGCUUCCCUGACUUCCCUAUUCCGGGUAUCAACUUCGUCGAUAUUAUGCCCCUCUUCGCCGACCCAACCGCCCAUGCCACUCUUGUCAACGCCCUCGAGCUCCAGGUCACCGAGUCUUUCCAGGCCAAGCCUGACGUUAUCGUCGGCCUUGAUGCCCGCGGCUUCCUCUUCGGUCCCGGCCUCGCCCUCCGCCUCGGCGUUCCCUUUGCCGCCGUUCGCAAGAAGGGCAAGCUUCCUGGACCCUGUGUCACUGCCGAGUACGGCAAGGAGUAUGGCACGGAUUUCUUCCAGAUGCAGGAAGACGCCGUUCGCGAGGGCCAGAAGGUUCUCGUCGUUGACGAUAUCAUUGCCACGGGCGGUUCCGCGAAGGCUGCGGCCGACCUCGUUCAUCAGCUUAAGGGCGAGGUUGUAGGAUACUUGUUUAUUCUCCAGAUUCCCGGCCUUAACGGCCGAGAUAAGCUCGGCAACAUCCCCACCCAGAUUCUUCUCGAAGACGCUUAG